AUCACAAGACUAGAGGCGGUGGUACAACAAGCUAGGGAUCUGCAUUGUCCAUUGCAUUUAGGCAAUGCAGCACUGAAUGUGCUUUUCACUGCUCAGAGGGCUGGGUUGGGAGCCGAGGGCGCGACUAGCGUGAUCAAAGUAUUUGGAAAGGAGUAAUUAAAGCGUUAGUUUUCACGAGAUACCGAGUUUAGAUUAUGUUAUGGAUAUACGAGUUCGCAAUUCAGGCACAGGCACCCUGACGUCAGUCGGAGGAACUCCGGGGGUCGGAGAUCGGCGCGAGUGGGGGUUCACCAUCGCGUCGACUUUCAUAUGGCCUGCGACGAUACAUAUAAUAAUCCCAUUGUUCCACUAUCUGGUUUCUGGUAAUCACUUUUCUGAUUGUAGUUGAUCUAUCUUGAACGGGUAACACAAACACAAGCCAUUCAAGAUGUCUCUCUCCAACAAUCGCGCCCUCGAUAUCCUCAACCACGCCGCCUCAAACCAUUAUGGCGUCCCCGCAAUGUGCUGCUACAACCUCGAGGGCAUUCUAGCCACUGUCCGCGCCGCCGAAGCGAAGCGCUCACCAGCGAUGAUCCUCCUCUUCCCAUGGGCUGUCCACUACGCCGACGGACUCCUCGUACACGCCGCCGCCGAGGCCGCGCGCAAGGCGACCGUGCCGAUCACCGUGCACAUGGAUCACGCGCAGACGCCGGAGAUUAUCCGCUAUGCGGCAGACCUGGGCGGAUUCGAUAGUAUCAUGGUUGACAUGUCACAUUACGAGAAGGAGGAGAACCUCGCUCUCACGAAGGAGCUAGUCACGUAUUGUCAUGAGCGGGGGAUUGCGACAGAAGCGGAGCCCGGACGGAUCGAGGGCGGAGAGGACGGAGUCGCGGACACAGCAGACUUGGAAGGAUUGUUGACCACACCGGAGGAGAGCAUUGACUUUGUGAACACGGGAAUCGAUUGGCUGGCGCCUGCGUUUGGCAAUGUCCAUGGCGAGUAUGGGCCCCGUGGCAUUCAGUUGGAGUAUGACCGAUUGCAGCGCAUUCAUGAUACGGUUGGAGAUAAGGUCCGGUUGGUGCUGCAUGGAGCUGAUCCGUUUACGGAGGAGAUCUUUUCCAAGUGCAUCGAAUGCGGUGUUUCCAAGAUUAAUAUUAACAAGGUGCUAAAUAAUGAGUACGUGCGUGUACAGAGGGAGAAGGCUGGGAGGGUGCCGUUGACGGCUCUGCUGGAGGAAGCUACGAAUGAGAUGCAGAAGGCUGUGGAGAGGUGUAUGGAUAUGCUGAAGUCGACUGGGAGAUACCCCUGA